ACGUCUGCGCCUGCGCAGUGCGAAUAUCAACUGGACGUCACAUGACUGUGUUUUCGCAACAUGUUAACUCAGCGUUUGCAAUGCAUAGUUGUUUCUCUGGCUAUUUUGAAGGUAUUUAUCGAAGCAUUAUUAGGAUAAAGUGCUUCUCACAGCCUCGCCAUUGAAAGGUGACAUUAUCGGAUGAUGCUGUAGUACGUGACGUUAGUAUGGAAACAUGGAACCUGCCUGUAACAUCAGUUGAGUGAGCGACCUCCAACGUUGGGUAAGGGACAAAAACGGCCGCAAAAACAAGGAACAUUACAUCAUUGGUUCUGUCACAGUGCAACAAUGCUGCAGUUAGGAGAUGAAGUGGCCCUCUAUUCGUUCGUGUUCGUCCUGGUCCUGCUGGGCACAAGGAGUCCGAUGUGGUCCUGCGUUAUUGCCGUCUCGAUGUACUCUUUCUUGGCGAUCUUCAAGUUCCCCCAAGUUCCAGACAGCCGCGCACGACAAGUGCUGAGUCCUGGGAAAGGUGCGACGGGUCUUGGCAGGGUGUCAGCCAUCGCACACAGGGGUGGCGGGCACGAUGCACCGGAGAACACCAUCGCUGCGAUCCGAGAGGCUAGUAAGAAUGGUGCAGAGGGCGUUGAGCUAGACCUGGAGUUCACAUCUGACGGGGUCCCCAUACUGAUGCAUGACGAAACUGUGGACCGCACCACCAACGGAUCUGGACCACUCAGCCAAAUUUGUUUUUCUGAGUUGUCGAAAUUGGACGCAGCGGCGAAACAUCGUCUCAGGGAUACAUUUGCUGGAGAGAGGAUCCCAACUCUUGAAGAAGCAGUGGAAGAGUGCAUCAAACUCAAGCUCUCAAUCUACUUUGAUGUCAAAGGUCAUCCAGAUGAGGCGUCGGCGGCUCUCAGAGACCUGUACAGGAAGCACCCCGUCCUCUACAACACCAGCAUCGUGUGCUCAUUCGAACCCAAAGUCAUCUACAGGAUGAGGCAGAGUGACCCGGACGUGGUCACCGCACUGACCCACAGGCCCUGGAGCCUGAGUCUCUACGGCGACGGUGUGCCGCGCUUCACGUCGCCGUGGAAACACAAGUGGAUGACUCUGGUGGACGUGCUCCUGGACUGGGCGCACCACCACUUCCUGUGGAAGCUGUGCGGCGUCUCUGCGUUCCUCGUGCAGAAGGACUUUGUCUCGCCAGACUACGUCCAGUACUGGGCCAAACGGGGGGUGCAGGUGGUGGCCUGGACGGUCAACAAGGAGGUGGAGAAGCAGUAUUACCGGGAGCUCCUCCAGGUCAACUACAUCACCGAUAGCCUCGUUGAAGACUGUGAUCCGCAUUACUAGAAGGCUGAGUUAUACUUUUGCGUGCAAUGGUUGCCAUUGGUACGCUGUGGGUCUCUGCCGCGGGGGCUAGCAUUUAUGAGUCUGUGUCGGAGAUUCUGAGUCUAAUGCGGAACACAUUGCAAAAGACAAAGCAGGCUAUCUGUAGCCCUGCUGUAAGCAGGAGCCCCUUUGGGAUAUAUAAGUGAUGUAGAGACCCACAGUGUAUCUACAAUGGCUAUUUAAUGCAUCAGCCAUCAUGGCAUACGCAAACAAUUACGCAUUGGAUUUGAAAUAAUAGUAUUUUCUUUGCCUCUGUAUUCAGGUUUUUAAUGAAGACUUUUUCAUUGGUUUUAACAGGGUCAUUCCCGUGGAGAGAUGCUAGCUAGUUAACCUUUGCAGAACAAUGUUGAAAAUGUAUCUAUUUAAAUGUCUCUCUACGGGAGAUCUUUUAUAUAUGUUCUUAUUGUUUUUCAUAUGUAAAGAAGACAUCACAACACCUCUAUCAGAUGUACUGUAUUCACCAACUCAGGAGUGCAAUGUUUUUUAUUUUCCAUCCUGAAUGUUUUUAGUUUUUAGUGUUUUGUUACAAUGCAACAAUUGAAUGUACUUACACUUUUACGCUGAAUAGAUGCCUUUUGCACAACUUUAAGAAUGCUGCUGUAAAAAGGGCCUGGGUUGAGAAGCGAAACAAAAUAUAUUAAACUGAAAUGCUAUUUUUUUUUUUCUAUUUUCCAUAUUAUAGAGUAGGCACCUUUUUAAACAGGGGGAUUUUUCGAAACAGAACACGCUACUAAAAUGACAGUCAAACUCCCAGCAUGGUCGGAGCUAAUCCUCAUGCACUCUGAUCUGUGUGGCCCAUAUACUGUAAAAGGUGUCUGCACAACAUCCUCCUACGAAGAGCAGCCAAAGCGGAGGUGAAGCAAUUAACAGCGGCCCCGUUUGAUCGUGGACCGUAUGGCCUGCGUUUCCCAAGUCGAUCCAAAUUGAGUGCGAUGCCAGUAUCAUCCUGGUUUUAAGUCUGUCUGAGCCGUGUCUUGUCCAGACGAAUCUUCACUUAGCACAUCGUAUACUGAGUGUAGUAAUAAGAUAAUUAAAGGUUGGGCAGUUAAAGUCGGCUAUUUGGGUUAUCGCAACGGCGCAACCACAUACUUGUAUAAGAGGCUGUUGUCGUAUAUCUGACUGUUUAACAUUAACCCUGACAAUAUUUAAUUUCGUGCGCUUA